GAAAAAUUCCAACCAUUGCCCGCACCCUUUUGAGCACACCAGCAGCACACAGCAGACCCCCCCACCUCAGGGGCGUCCAGGAGGAGCGAAAAAAACGGUGAAAACAGCACCAGAAGCGGUGAACACAAGACAAACAGAGCGAGAACCAAAGGGACACUGCAGAAGGCACGUAGGAGGUCACACACCAGCCAACGAAACCCAAUGGAGCACGCUGGGCACAAGAAAAGCAAAAGAAACGGCGAAAAAAGCACCAGAAAAGACCGCCGCACGUCUUCCCCACGAAAAAAUGUGUCCCUGAGCACCCAACGCCGUCUCAGUAGAUAGAACAAACAACUUUGCAGGCGGAGGCAGAAAGCAACGGCGAAAAAAGGCAGCACGAGGCCGUCUCCUCAAUGUCUCGCACAAAUGAUAAUCUGGCGUCUCUCCACUGCAUUCCACCAUACCGUUGGUUUCUCUGCUCUUUUGUGUCGUCUCUCCACUACACAUACACGCUAGUGCAGUAAUGAAGUGUUGCUGUUGUACGAAUUUGGUGCACUGUCAUCAGGGCUUGGAUGGGCUGCAGAGCUUCCUCUCUCAAGAGAAUCCAUUUACCAAACGAGUCCACAGGGGCUACUCACGUCAACAUGUCACUCUAUCAAAAGUUGUUUUCCUCUGCGUUGCAGCUAUCCAAGACCGUAUUGAGCAUGUCCCAAAGCCCCUCCUCGCCCACGGCUCGCCAUUCCAUCCCCAUCUUACUCUCCCCUUCCGAUCACCGCACCCUGUCGCUUGCCCAAGAGCUUCAUCAAGCUCUGAGCUUCUGCAAGCAACAGCCCAACCCCGAUGAGCGCCGUAGCGUCCCUCCCGGUCAAGAGAAUUGUCCUUCCUCUCUCUAUUCCCAGUGCCUUUCUAUUGGUCUCCACGGCCACGGCCACGGCGCAUGCAAGGGUUGCCAACACUAUUGCAGCCCUCGGAACAAGUGAUGGGGACUACGAGCUAAUACGGCACAGUAUCCAGCCCCGAACACUUUCCAGCCGUGUGGGAGCGCUCUUAAAAGAGCGAAUCAAAAGUUUCUUUUGAUCGACGAGACGCUAAAUUAGCGUCGACUGAAGGGCCGCCCAAGCCGCAGGUAAGUGACACAAAUAGCGACUCUCUCAUGCGAUCAUCCGGGCAUCAUACUUAUUCUCAGGUGUCGUCGUCUGUCAUGCUCGAGAUGUUUCCGAACACUCAGCCAGCUGCAGGCCAGCCGACCACGGAGACAGCCACGCGGGGUGAGGAAGGUGCAACGGAAGCCACCGCCAUCGACCUGGAGGAGGACGAGCUGCUUGAGCAGGGCAAAGGUGCGAGCAAGCAAGCCAAGUCUUCUGCCUUCUGCUGUGAUGUGUCUUUGAUGACACAGAUGGUGACGCAUUGUUCGGGACGGAGGGAGGACCAGCUGGGCCCCCGCAGAAGAAGCGGCCACAUAAGAGUCGGUACCAGGCUCGGAUCGAGUUGAAGGAGAAGAUGAUUGGACAAGGCUUCUCAGAGGAAGCCGCAGAGAAUGCCAGUCUGCUUGCGUAUCCAAAUGCAAAGAAUCCGCCAAGUGAGCAGCGGCUUGUGCCCGGUCUGAUGUGUCAGUGCGUUGUGUGUCUCUGUUCUGUGCAGAGGCCAGGAAGGUCAAGGCCACCACAGGGGGCGGGCAGGAGGCACCAGCGGCGAAAGCCAAAAGCAAAGCCCCCGUGGUCCCGAAGCUCCCGCCGCCUCCGUCCAAGCAGCCGAGCGCCUCGUUGGCAGCCUCCCAAUCCAGCACCGAGCCGAUGGUCCCUCCAGCUGCACCGAAGGCCAAGGCAGGGGGGAAACCACUGGGACGUGAGAAGAGCGACAUGAGCAAAUGUAAGUACAUACCCGACUUCUGCUCGACAAGUAUGCGUGUAUGCGUGUGUGUCUCUACACAGACGAAGGCUUGUCGGCUGGCGGGGCCGCACGGCCCAAGGCCGCUGCGGCAUCUGUCCAGCCUUCUGCGUCUGCCCCCGCCAAUGCCACUGAGUAAGGUGAGGAUACACGAGACUUCACGUGAUGGAGAGCUGUUUGUGUGUCCUUGCAGUCAAUGUUUGGAUGGUGAAGGAGACAAUGAUAGCGGAGAGGAGGAGCACGUAUCUGUGGAUGGUGAAGGAGACAAUGAUAGCGGAGACGAGGAGGACGAGGACGGCCGCGCCGACGCCUGUGGCUGCGAGGAGGACAUGCGUGAGUGGCUGGAUAUGCAGCAGGAUCCUGAGAAUCAGUAUGAUACGAGUGAGGAUGAGGUGGUGUAUGUGUGUGAGGCCUGUGGUGGUGCUGCAUACGUUGAUGAGGAGGGUGACGGCCUCGUCUGCUCCGAGUAUGGCUGUGACUGGACGGGGGACAUUCCUGAUAUAUACCCCUAUAGUGAGUAACUCGUGUGAUUGAUAGAUCAAAACGGUUGCGAGUGGGUUGUGUCUGAUCGAUCAAUGAAAAGCG